GAAGUGACGUUAACGGCGCUGGUUACUAGGCACCAUGUGACGCUAACUGAGUCAGCUGGAGCUAACGAAGAUUUUGUUUUUAACGCAGGUUUGCGUUUCAUUCAUUCGUCUUCUCAAAGGAAUACAUCCUCUCUAAGGAAGUAAAUGCAACCGUAACGAGAAACACUGUUUACCGUGCGACCUUUCGCCAGGUUUAGCGUGUUGGGAAAGACUGCCAUGUUCAACCCCAGUGAACUAGAGGGUGAGGUGGAUCAUUCAUUUUUUGACAGUGACUGUGACGAUAGUAACAUCAGCAGAGAUGGAGGGGAAAAGGUGGAGAAAAGCUUGAAGACUGAAAAGGAGAGCCCGCAUAAGGGGCUACAUGCAAAACAGACUGAAAAUAUAAAAGGCGGUCGGUCCCCAAGAACUGAUGGGGCAAUAAAACACCUGAAGCCCAUCGAGAACAACCGCAGCAGCAGAGCAGAAAGGAAAGAGAACGGCUGUCAAUCAAAACAAGAAAACAGGAUCAGGGCAUCCAGUGUAUCAUCCAUUGCCUGUACAUCAGAUAAGGACAUCAAUAAUAGUAGUGAAAGUGAGGAAGAUUCUAAUUUGCACUCUAAAAGGCACAAUGGGACAUUUAUGGCUUUGCUGACUGAGUCCAGAGAGGAAGAUUAUAAGGAUGUGUAUGACCAGAGUCAAAAUGAGACUGAAGAAGAAGCAUUACCGUCCAAUGCCAAACACAGAAAUAAACAAUCUCCUAAAAAACGAAUGCGGAAUCGGCGCAUCAGAAGUCCAUCCCCCACUUCAACUGAGGCUAGCGUAGACGCAGAUUCAGAGAGCUCCUGUAGCAGUAGCAAUGGGAGAAGCAGUUUAGAGUCCCCUACCCUUCCCAGGUCCAAAAAGUAUUCUUUAUCCCCUGGUGUGACAAACAUCCAAGUGGGCUCAGCAGGAUCUCGGGAUGUGCUUUACAGCCGUACAGAGGAGUCGGAGGAUACAUUGACAGAUGUGAGCCCCCUCUGCUCUCCUGGCUCCAGCCCUCUCCAGUUGGACCUGAACCAGAGAGAGGCUAGAGAGGGAAGCCCUACAGAGCAGCAGCAGCAGGUGCAGCAGCAGCAGCAGCAGGAGAGUGUGCCCUCCAGUGGCCUCAGCAACAUACAUCAAGAUGAGGUCUCUUAUCAGGAUGCAGAUGAGUGCUCUCUCAGUUCAGAGAGUCAGCUACGAGGCAAACUGCUCUUCCACUGUCGCGGAGGGAGAAACAGGAAGAACUACUCAUUCACCAAUGAUGAGGUCCGACGCAUAGAUCGCGAGAACCAGCGACUUCUUCGGGAGCUUUCACGGCUUUCUCCGGGGCCCAGACCAGGAAGUACAGCGGGGAAGAAAACCCACAUGGCCAGUAACUCGCCUCACGUUCGUCUCUCUCACAGCGCACUCAACAGGCAGCGGGAACAGCAACGCAUCGAGAGGGAGAACCUGGCUUUCUUGAAGAGGCUGGAGUCUGUCAAGCCUACACCUGGAAUUAAGCGCUCAGAACAACUGGAAGACUACCAGCGACAAGUUGGAUACCUGGGAACGCCUUCAUACCCCAUAUGUAUCCCUACCACAAAGAAGGAUAAGUCUGCCAGCAAGACACCAAAAGCAGGUCCCCGGCCGGCCAGUUCUGCCCACCACAGCGCCAGAGCAGUUUCCAUCACCACUGACUCAGGCAGCACACCCAGGUCAAAAAAACUAAAUGCAGCCAAACCAGCCUGGUGCUGAGAACACUGCUGUCUUCAGAUAUCUAAUCUACGAAGAAGAGCAUCGCUGGUUUCCUUUUGCGGUGUCCCUUUGUAUCCAUUCAUGACAAAAGGUUACGUUUGGAAGGUACUAAGCUGAAAUGAUCUUUUUCUACAUUUAUAGGUUCACCAUUCCUUUAGUUGACGUAAUCAACUGUUCAGUGAUUUGUGUUGCAUGUGACUUUUUUUCCCACUCUUUCAUGCUGAAACAUAUCAAAUGAUGCUCUGAGUUUACAGCUAUUGUGGCUAUAUCUGGCUUCUGAACACUGCAGUAACGCUCCACAACAGUUAGCUAGCUGUAAUCUUGUAGGAUGUAUUGCCUAUACUUCAACCUUAUGUAUGAUUUCAGUGUGACGUUUCCAUUACAUACGCAAUUGCAUUGUUUGCCCCCUUUUCUCACAUUUGUACAAUUUAUGAUGCACUAGAGAAUUGUUUUUGAACAAUUAAUAAAAUAUUUUAGAUAUUA